GACACUGCCUGCCGACUCAGCGAUUCCUCCGGCUGGAAUGCGUGGAGACGAGCGUCGGGAUAGCGUCGUUCAACAACAGGCGUCUGCAGGUCCUCAAGAGCUUUGCAGAGGCCACAAGGGAUGACAUCAAGGUCUGCUGCAAGGUGAAGGUGCUCGAUCCCGACUGCGAGAGCAUAUUGGACACUGUCUAUGACGGCCGCCGAUCUCGAGCCAGAAUGACGCGACAGCUGAAUCUCAUGAGGAACGUCCUGUUCCACAGGGACUCUUCCUACCCGAAGACCAUCCGUGUUCGACGCCGAGGCUGGGGCACACUUGGACCUUUCGCUGCCUCUGCGAGGAGAAGAUUUCGCCGACGCUGA